CUGCUAGAACCCUUAUUUAUCACUCCAACAAUCUGUCUGGAAGUUGUGCAAUGUUCCAGUUGUACUGCUCGGCACAGCUCUGCUGCACAGCUAAUGUGCCAGACACUGGGGCAGGAAAAGGGGUAAGCUGAUGAAAUCCAUUUACAGCUGAAAGUUUAUUCUUAAAAGCAGUUUUUAGCAUACAGAUGUGCAGCAUGAAUAUUAUGCUUUCUUAUGAGUGUAGAAACCACAAACUAAAUGUUUUCCAUAAAACAACUUUUAAAAACAAGGAAACAUGGUAUUUACUGGGUAAAAUAAAUAACUGGAAAGAAAGGAUAUAAAUGUGGUGGUUUUUCCCUUAGAGAUGGUGAUUCCAGACAGCUCUGCCAAUCAGACCUCAACAAUGUCUCACAGUCCUACCAUAUGUGGGUCAGUGUAACUCCUGACCAACAUGAAAUUCCUGACUGCAGUUCUGCAGCACUUUGCAGCCUCAGUGUCUACAAAGAUUUGGUGGGAGGGAGCAUGGAGCAUUCAGAAAGAGCUGGAAAAACUGGAUCUAUAUAUUUGUUACUAUGCAAAAUAUCCUCAACUGUGGUACGUGGCAGAAUCAAGAUAGAGGCCAAAAACAAAACAGUCUUUACAGUGGGCCAGAAUCAGCUCCUGGUUUUUUUGAAAUCCAGCCAUUUUGGUUCUAUUGGAUUAAGAACUUUGGAACUUUCUCAUUGUGUCAGAGGGAAUUGCUUCAUUGCUGAUUUAUUUCACAGAGAUCUGAUACUAUUUAAUUGGUAUCUGAAAUAACUAGCAUUUAGUUCAAGUUGCUGGGAAAGUUCUGGCUUAUAGAAGCAGUAGUACUUUUCUCUUAAUUGUAAAAGGGAGAAGAAGGUUGCAAGAGAUGCUCAUUAUUGGUGCCCCACUCAUGAGCACCCAGGGCAGCAGGAAUUUCUCUUGCAGAGAAAUGGAUAUGGAGUGAAUUUCUCAUGACUGCCCCUCAAGCUAACACCAUGCCAAGUGCCCGCAGUGUGGUCAGUGCUGCCCAGACAAAACAGGCUGUUCUCAUCUACAAAAGUGAAAGAUAAACUUGGCGAGUGUAGAACUUGCAUCCAAUUUGUGUUUAAGAUCAGCUGUCUUUUUGUUUACAGUAAUCUCUAUUUUAAAGUCAUUUUGCUUACUGCAAAAUGAUUCAAACCUUCAUGGGGUGAGGAAAAACACUGACAGCUGAGCAAAGCUUGCUCUACAUAGUAACCAACACAUCUUGGUUUUUUGUUGUUUUUUUUAUGGUCUAUAAAUUCUAUAUUAUAUAUAGAAUAUAUAAUUAUAUGUUCCUUAUAUUGCUUUCAUGUUGCAAAUGUUGCUCUCUUUGCUUGGUUUAUUGAUUUUUAAUUUAGACUUCUCUGUUUCAUGCAUAAGAAUUUGUAGGGUUACUGUUUUUAAAUGGGGUUAAAAGCUGGCCAGAAUUGAAAUUCUGAUGUAUACUUAUGAAUUUGUAUCUUUGCUUACCCUGUACCAAGGGAAAUAUUUGAAAUUACUUUGUGCAAACUCUCAUUUGGGGUAAAUUAACACUGCUCUACUGAGCUGAAUGUAACUGAGGCCUGAGUUAACUGAGAAUUUGUCUCUGUGGGCUCACUGAUGUAAGUUUUUACAGGCUCUUGAAACAGUAAUAAAUUCCUGGAACACAAGAUGUUGUGUAUGAACAUCCACUGAUGUUUCUGACUGUAAUUUCAGACUCCAGGAAUUAUUGUCUUCCUCUAAAUAUUAGGUACUACUUAUCCUUGAGGAUUUUGUGUGCUGAUGUUUCACAUGCUAUUCUAGUAAAACCAGCUGUUAAAAUUCAAAAGUACUUUUUUUUCUUUGCUUGCUUAACAUUGUUUGUCUUUAUUAAAACUUCUUGAUAAAAAUUGUUUUCCAAAAUUAAAAAUUCCUUACUUUUCAGCUUGUGUCAAAAAAAAAAAAAAAAAAAAAGAAAUGUUGCAGUAAGGCAACUUUGAAUUACUGCAGUACAUGCCUUGAAAAAUCCUCUCCUCCUUAGAUUUUUAUGAGGAUAUGUCUGCAAUGCCUAGAUUGCUGCCUAAGGCAAGGAAGAUUAUGUAGAUUUAUCAAUAGAUGAGAACCUGUCUAACAGCUGAAAGAGAUUUACAGUUUUGUUUACUGCAAGGUUUGUUGCAAUUUUGGCAACUGACAGACUGAAGAUGAAGUCAAGAGGUCAUCCUACUUGUUUGCUACUUGCACUUCAGUCGAUGAAGCAAACCCUGUAAAGGCAACUAGAGCUAUAUAGGUUUUUUGGGUGGAAAAAUCAAUUUUUCUUAUAAGGUUUAAAAAUAGUGCACCAAAUUACAAAGUUCUUUGGUGGGAAGAAUCUUUUACUAAGGACUUUGCCUAAGAGAGCUUUGCAAAUAGGUCAGUUAGGGCAAGCUUGACUUUUUCUGAGUUCUCUAGUUACUAAAGGAUGGUGAGCCUAGCCCUUCCUAAGCAUGUUUUCUUUCAUUUUGGAGACAGAGUAAAGCUUCAGUUGAAGGUGAUUCAGGGUAGAGAACUCCAGGAUAUUAUAUUCUCACCAUUUGUGAAUAUAAGGAACUGAAAAAGAGCAUGUUCCACAUCACAGGGGGAAAAAAAAAGCCCUAUUAGGAGCUCCACUGUACUUUAUAUAGGUGUAAAGCUUCCUAAAGCUGAUGGUCAUGUGAAUGCUUUGGUCUUGAUAGCAACAUGAACUGGUUGUUUGGCAUGAUGGGAGAAAGGAAUGAGAGGAAAGAUUAUAUGCUGAAAUAUGAUUCUCAGUAUUGAAGUGUGCAGUCAUGAGGUCCUAGGAAAAAGGAGUAGCUACACCUCAUGCUCUUCCAGUACCGGUUGCUCACUGUUUUCUUUCCUGAUAAUGCUUCCUCUCAGGACACAGCUGGUCUUCCUUCUCUUUUAGAAACUAUACUGCUCACACUGUGGUAUGUUGGCAUUGGUGAGGCUGGACAGUAACUUAAAUAAACCUCAUCUCAGACUGAGCAACCGGUUCUGCAGGAGAAGCACAAUCCUAUCCCCCAGCUGCCAAGAGUAGUCUCUGGCAGCAGGAAAGCCAUCCACCCAAGGGUACUUGCAUCAUCUGUUACAGAUGCCAUUUACCCAAAUCAGUGCACCAUUCAGAUACACAAGGGCAGUACAAGCAGCAAGGACACCAGUUUUAGUUCUGUGAUGAAGCAAAUAAAUUACAUUUUUAAUUGUUAAAGAAGAGGCCAGCACUUCAUUCCAUACAUGAGGUUCUGCAUGUGGAACUGCAGUGUAACAAAUAGUGUCAACAACCUGGAGUUGUGUGACUCUGUCCCGGGCCACCAUCAGUAUAAAUCUGCAGGACAAUGACAGCUCUUUACUUCCCACUCUGUUCUGAAGGAUAGCUGCACCCUUUUUACAGAAUCAGUCAGGUUGGAAGGGACCACAUUUGAUCAUCUGGUCCAAGCUCCCUGCUCAAGCAGAGUCAUCCUAGAGCACACGGCACCCAGACAGUUCUUGAGUGUCUCCAGCAAGAGACACUCCACAUUCCCUCUGGGCAAGUGGUUCCAGUGUGGGGUCACUCACACAAUAAAGAAGUUCUUGCUCAUGUUCAGGUGGAAUUUCCUGUACAGCAGUUUCUGUCCAUCACCUCUUAUCCUAGUGCUCAGCACCCCUGAGAACAGUCUGGCUACAUCCUCUUGGCACCCUCCCUUCAGACACUGACAGACACUGGUGAGGUUCCCUCUCAGUCAUCUCCUCUCGAGGCUGAAGAGAUCCAGCUCCCACAGCCUUUCCUUGAAACAGAGAUGCUCCAGUCCCUUAAUGAUCUUUGUAGCCCUCUGCUGGACCUGCUCCAGGAGCUCCAUGUCUCUCUUGUACUGAGAAGCCCAGAUUAGGACACGCUUUUUAUAUCUACCAAUCCGUUUUGACCCAAAGCACCCUCUUUAUGGUACCUGCUGUCCUUUUGGGCAACACUGUGGCAUAAUAUUAAAAGAGAUCCCAUGAAAUUACCAGCCCACACACUUUUUAGCUGCUUGCCAGCCCUUGCUCUUUGUUUCAAAAAGAACUGUGCUCCUUUUCCAUCCUGUUCUCUUUUGUGGGAAAAACCCAGGUAUGUUCUUACCCACUGUUCUUAGUACUGUCUGUAGGACAUUGAAAAGCAAACACUUCACGUGCUGAAAUUAGGAGGAGUGAUAGCCAGCUGAAGAAUGAAGUGACUUUAAGAAGAAACAUGAGGCCUUCCCAAUGGGACUGAACUGUCACCCUGUGGGAAAAGGGAUGGGGUUUUAACUUCUGUCCACCUCUGCAGUGUGUGUUUGUACAGCAGAAAGAUACAGACAGCUCCUGGCAGCUCCUGCUGCAGGGCCCCUGGGAAGCUGCAGGAGUCCUGACUCACUUGUAAGAGCAAUGCAGCCUCACGACUCCCCAGGACCCUCUGUAGCCACUGACUUCUUUGCUGUUUGUGGUCUUCUCCUCAAUGUAUCUGCCACUUUAUGGGCCAUGGCUUGCUUCAAAGAUUGCUAAACAAAAUUGUCAAUUUCUAUCUUUGUGGGCACUUAAAAUUACUUUUAAUUUUUUUUUUUCUUUUUUGUUCUGGAGAAACCCCUUUCAGAUUGUCCUGGAACAGGAAUUUCUGCUGUUGUUCCUGCAAGAGAGACUGAGCUGACAACAGACAAUCUUCUCAGGCAGGAGCAAUGCAGAAGGAUCUUCUAACACAGCAGUGAUUCACUUCAUGCUUCAGCUCGGGAGAUGGAGUCUGUGGCUGACAGACCACGCUGAGAUUGUGCAUUUCUCUGAUUCAACAUUCUCCCUGCUGGCAUCCCAGCUGGUCAUGGAGCAACCAUGGGCUGGGAAUCUUGACUGUGCAGAGCACCUGAAGAGCAUUUCCACUAAGACUGAAUGCUCAAGGUACUUCUACAUCAGCAAAAUAUGUUCCCUGCAAAGACAUUACCAGGACAGCAAAGCGUGGUCAUCGUUUUGAGGCUCAAAACUGCCACAUCUCUCCUGCCUGGCUUUAACUGAUUCCCCAUGAUGUUUGCAAAAGCAACGAAGAAUUUUGUGAGAGAAACUGACAGUGGAGGUGACCUGAUCCCUGUCUCUCACUUGAAUGCCUCAGACAAGCUGCAGCUUUUGAGCUUAAUUACGAAGAGAAGGAAAUUCUGGUGCUGGCAGAAGCCCAAGUAUCAUUUCUUGACAGUCACCCUGAGUGAUGUGCUUACUGAAGACAAACCAAUAAAACCAGUGAUUGUGGAGUCUGACUUUGCAAAAUAUAUGGGGAAGUUUGAAGAUUUUGUUCAAGGAAGUAUUGAAACAUCAUUUGUGAACUUCAGCCUGGGAGCUGGAGGGAAAGGUUAUGUGGAAAACCAGUCCUCAUUUGGAAACCUGAGAAAGCAGGAGGUUGACUUGCAGCAGCUUAUGAAAGAUGUCAAGGACAGAACAAUAGAUCUAAACAGUAGUUUGCUGCAACAAGUAAUAGAAAGAAAACGUGAAGUGCUGUGCAUCUUGAGAGAAAAGAUAAUCACAACUCAGAGGUGUACAAUAUCUGAACAUAUCCAGACAGAAGAAAAAGUCAGCGGUGUGAUAGGAUGCACUGCAAAAACAAUAAAGGUUUCAGUAAGUGAAAAUGGAAGUCUGAUGAAGGAUUCUAGUGUGAUCCUUGAAAUUCCUCCUGCAACCACUAUUGCCUAUGGUGUAAUUGAACUGUUCAUAAAGCACAAUGGCCAGUUUGAGUUCUGUCUGCUAGAUGAACAGCAAGGAGGUUUUGAAAAGGAAAGUGCAGAAGGCUCAGCUUAUCCCCAUUCAGUUGAAUUCAGAGAUGCUUCAUUCCUCUAUCAGCCAGAUGCUGUUGAUAAUGAGAUGUACUCUGGGGCUAAAAACCUCGUUCCCAGUGAUGCUUCUAUAAGUAUAUUGAAACAAGAUCUGUCACAGUUGAAGACCCAGUUCCAGUCCUUUGUGAAGCUUCCAGAAGACAAGCAAAGAGCUUUAUAUAAAACCCUUUGUGAACUCUUGCUCCAUGAAGAAAUGGUGACUGCCCUGGGGGACAUGUUUGAUGAUAUCUGCACAGGAGACAAGCCAGAUCUGGAGGAGUUAAAACUUGAACAACAAAGAGACCUCCUUGACUUCUUACAGCUCUUAGGGUGCAGUUUAAAGAGUGAGCUGUUGUUGCAGAAAUAUCAGCCUCAAGAUGAAGAACUUUUCUCAGCUGCUCACCUUCUUAUCAGUGCCAUAUCUGAGCUGCCUGAUGACACCCUUGUCCUGCUGCGUGCCUGCUGCGAUCUUCAGGUUGUUCCGGCCUUGUGUUGUUUGCCUAACGUCGCUUCAGCCGAUGGCACUGUGGCGCUGAGCAGUCCUUUGGUGGCCACCCUUGCUGACAGAGGAAGAUUUGAGGUCGUGCAAAGGCUGUUUGCUUCAUCAAACAUUAAUCUGGAAAGGACAGAGUCUUCUGUGAGAGCUGUAACUAAGAAAGAACCGAGAUUCUUCCCACUUGUUCUUUAUGUUGCCCUGUAUGGAUUUCAUGCUUUAGGUGGGAAUGUAUAGGAGCUGUACUGAGUAUCUAGUUUUUGCUGUAGCCUGUUGCUUCUUUUGUAGCUCUGUAAUUUUGGUGUUUGGAAUCAGCAGUAGCACUGUUCUGUUGGUACUUAAGGCAGCACAGCCAGGAAUUAGGGUGACCAGGGGACUCUGCAGUGUCAGUGAGAAAUACAUAAAUAAGGGAUGAAGGGGAGAAAUUAAAAAAGAGAGCCAUGGGAGAGAAACUGAACAUAGCUGCUCUGGUAGGUGUCAGAUCUGCAGGGCAGUGAAAGCUUGAUUGCUUGCAUUAAUAUGCAUGGGAGAAAGCAGCAAAAUACAAACUGCUUUUUGUAAGCAAGCAAACAGGCAGGUCCUGGAAACCCAGGGUUCUGCAAUGCAGCAACUGUUUUUCUCCUUAAGCCUGGGUGUGCAGAAUGCCUUCACUCUGGAGCAAGUGCAAUGGAGGGCUCUUAAAAGGUACUCGAUUAGAUUCUCUUAUUAAUUAUUGUUUGACUUUUAUGGAUGUGAACUGCACACUGCAGGAAAUAACAAAGCCUCUUUUUCAACCACCACGACCCACUUUAGGGAUUCAUACCUCUGUACAGCGUUCUGUUUUCUGGUAUGUUUUUACUUGUGUUAGGGAGUUUCAGCUGCAUUCUGAACUUUGGCAUGGCAGUGUCUUCUGGUGUGAGCACAUGGAGGGUCCCUGAUGCACACCACAGAAAUGAUCAUUUUACCCAUAUGACGUUUUCAGUGCAGAUAUUUUGCUUGUUUCUUUGACUAACAGAAAAGUAUUAGUAAAGCACUGUGUGCUUGAACUAUUUUGUCUGUUUUUUCAUCAUAAUUUUUUAUAAUCAUGGAUGGAACAGAAAUGCAGCAGAGAUCACUGUAAAUGUGGGCUUGGGGAGAUGUUCCAAGUAGGUGGAGUAUCAAUGCUUACAGAUGAGAUCAUGAGAUGGCUGAGAGCAAACAAGCAGGCACCUGCGUGGGGGUGAUCAGCAACCAGGCCCUGCAGCGUAGCUGGUGGGUAGGAGUUCUGCUCAGUUUCCUGCUCUAUUCCCACACAGCCUUGAGCAGAUUGUCUGAGAAGCCUUUAAAAAGUCACGUCAGUUCAGCUUUCCGUGAGGACAUGGACUUUGCAGAAAAGCACCACGGUGCCUUUCCACUCCCCGAGAGCUCAGGAUAGCUCUGCACGCUGGGACGUGGGCGUUUCUGCAUCUCAUCUGUUCAGUGAAGCUGAUGGUGUUGCCUGAACUUUGUGCUGGUGUAGAAGGAAACAUCCUUGAGGAGCUGGAAGCAGGGAACUCUGCUUCUGGGAGCGGUGUGUAGGUGGGACAGUUGUCUUUUACCUAUCACUACUAAAAGUUGCCUCUGUAAUGAGUUUACGAAAACUUCCUAUUAAAUGCUAUGUCAAAACAAUAGAAUAA